GCGCGCGAAAUGGGUUCAACCGUAAGACCAAGAUUCUUCGAAACAACUACUACCUUAAAUUGAAUCGUUCGUGGAACAAUUUUGGGAAAGUAUUUGAUGACCAGUAUUCGCGAGUAAUCAAGGUAUUCGAAUCCACCCUCAACUGCAUAGGCCUCCUCAAAUCGACCUGUGAGUUUGAAAUAGCCACAAUAUUGACCUUGGAACUGUUUCCACUUGUUGCAGAGAGCUAACGAUUUUUUUGAGUAGUUUACAAGUUACCAUUUCCUUCUGAUUCCUAGAUUGCGAUUUUGUCAAAGUUUCACGCAACUUCGAAAAGAUGGUUGUACUCGACAAAUUUCCGAAUCUGGCCGUUACUAUCCAGAUGAAUGGAGCGGAAGUUCAGGAAUACAAUGACGAUGAGGAAGUAGAGGUUGGAUCGGCACCGGCUGGCGACCAUCAAGCCCUCAGAACAGUGUCCAAAUAUAUUGAAGCUAUUGAUGGUGCUGAGUUUAGCAUUAAAUGCUGUGCGUCACGCCAAUUCAAGAUCGACGCGCCAAAUCUCCAAAUAGACGUUUCAGUUGACGGCAAUUUUUCCGAAUCGUUAUUGUUUAGACAGGAUCACAUAGGGCAGCCUCUGAUAAUUAAAGGCCCAACUACUUUCCACCCUGCAUCGAACAAUGGCCCAGAACGAUGGGCACUACGAAAGUUUAGGUUCUCUAAGCUUGAUAUCUGUACAUUGCCUUAAUUUCACAAAUCUUAAUCCUCUUAAUACGUGUGCUAACGUUGCGAAGCAAGUGAAGAGUCUCGACUCUCAAGCUUGAACAAAGACAAGGCUGAAGCCGAAAAGGUUGGUACAAUUGAGGUCAGAAUCUGGCGAGUGUCCGCAGCAACACCAGUACCACCCCGUGCGACUCAGCAAAAAACCAUCGCCUGCAAUAAGUUUCAUGAAAAGGCGCUUAAAGGUGAAGCUAAAUCCCACAAUGUCUCGUAAGUUGGAUGAUAAUUAUGAUGCCCAUCAUCCGGCUUAUAGUUUUAGGUACUCGGGAGAAACCCCUAUCCUUGCUGCAAGUAGGGUUGAAGUAGAAAAGAUCGAUGGCAACGGCUAUCCUGUAGCCAUAUACAAGUUCAAAUACCGGUCGAAAGGUACAAUGCAAAUCAGUUGAGUAGGGAAUCGUUACUAACGUCGAUACAGAAUCUCUCAAGCAGUUAUUGAUCAUUGAGCGAACUCCCGAGUUAGAGGACAGCCCAGCCCCUGACCCAGAAUUAGUCGUUGAUCUCGAGAACUUGACAACUGAUCAACGGGAACGACUCCAGGAGUUUCUACUCAUUCGACGCAUUACUGUUGGUAGCUAACGAUAUCACCUCCAUACAUAAGCUGACUUCACAUUAGAACCGUUCAUCCCACACCCCCGAAAGAAAAGUCAAACGCGAGCGGGAUAACGGAGAAGGUAGUUCAAACCAAGCACGACGGAAGAAGUCUAAAACGACACAGUUCGUUGAUCUCACCGGGGAUUCUGACGAAGAUGAGUAGAAAUGGAUCCUCAUUGCGGACAUCCAAAAUCGCAGAGAUUCCACUUUCAUUUUCCUUGUGGCGUUCCGGAGUUAGCCAUUGCUCGAUCUUUAGUUAAUCAGAUAUACCCUAUUUAUGUCUUAUGCGCGGGGAGAUAUUUAUUGGGUACAAUGGUGCACUGGAGGUAAUGUGGGAAAAAAAUUUAUUGUUCCAUCUAGUCCGGCGGACUUUCAUGCAAUCAUGGUUAUUUUUUUAGUAUCUUAGUAUCACGAAUCUCAAGCAUUAAUU